AUGAAUAAUUCAAAAAACGCUGGGAAAAUUACGUCUACUACUAAGCAGCCAUUAAUUAGUAAGUUUUUUAGAAGUACUAGUAACAACCAAGGAUCCCAAAUACAAAAUACAAAUAAUAAAAAUAACAACGACGGUAAGAUAUCUGUUGUUAUUCAUGAUGAUAACAGUAGUGAUGAACUUGGUCCUAUAAUUUCAAAUAUCAGUACACAAAGAAUUCAGAAAAAUAAGGAAGAUACAGGUACUAUUAAAAAAACAAAUUUUAGUUCCUUUAAAUAUUCGGAAAAGGAACCUAAUACCAAAACAAUCUUAAAAGAAUGCAACGAAAAAGAAACGCCUGUUAGAAAAAGGAGAAAACUAGCUAAAUCAGUCUCACCGGGGAUAGAAUCUAAUGAUAUUACCGAUACUCCUUCUUCAAAAUCGGAUAGCACUAAGAAACUAGUUAAAAAUGGUAAAAAGUCCACUUCAGAACUAACACCCUUUGACAAACAAUUUAAAGAGUUGAAAUUGCAACAUAUGGAUAAAAUAUUAGCCGUUCAAGUUGGAUACAAAUACAAGUUUUUCGCACAAGAUGCUGUUUUAGUUUCUCAAUUAUUACACAAUAUGCUAGUUCCAGGAAAGUUGACACUUGAUGAUUCCAACCCGCAAGAUAAAUUACAUAAAAAAUUUGCAUAUUGUAGUAUUCCAGACAAUAGAUUACAUAUUCAUUUGCAAAAACUUAUACAUUAUAACUUGAAAAUUGGUAUUGUAGAACAGGUGGAAUCAAGUGCGAUUAGAAAAACCGAGGGGACUACUGGUGGUACGAGUUCCAGCCAAGUUUUUGAAAGGAAAUUAACCAGUGUAAUCACAAAGGCUACAUACUUUAUCAACGGAGAUACGACCUACUACAAUAAGAAUGAUAGUGCUAGAUCCAAGUAUGAAAAUACUAUUUGGGCUCUUAACAUAAUAAACAAUACCGGGAAGCCAUCACUAAUUAACAUGAUUUCAAUAGAAUUGACCAGCGGGAUGAUUGUGUAUGAUGAGUUUGAAGACGAUCCAUUGCACAAUUAUUUGGAAACAAGAUUAAAGCAUUUGCAUCCCGUUGAAAUAAUUCUCAAUGAAGAGAAGGAAACAAUGUCGGAGGGUAUUAAGAACUGGAUACUGAAAAUAAUGAAUAACGAUACCAAAUUUUAUAAAGUCAAGAUUAACUCUGAAUCUGAACAUUCCAUAGAAGAGCUUUUAUUGAACCUUUCUGCCAAAAGGGAUAUUAGUAAAGAUAAAACAACAUUAUUAUUUGAGGAAAACAAAAAUUAUCGUGAAACGUUUCAAAUUCUGUACACCUAUUUAGAAACCUUUAAUUUACAGAAAAUUUUAAAGUUAUUUAACAAUUAUAAGGAAUUUAAAGAACAUCAAAAUUACAUGAUAUUACCAGGAAAUGUUUUACAAGGUUUGGAUAUUUUUGAAAAUUCCACAAAUCCAGAUAUUGAAAAAGGCACCUUAUUAUGGGUUAUGGAUCAUACGAGAACACCAUAUGGGUUUAGGAAGUUGAAAGGCUGGAUUGCAAAGCCGCUAACAAAUAUCACCGAUAUAAACUGUAGAUUAGAUGCAAUAGAUUGUAUUAAGGAUGAAGUUUCUAAUAUUUUUUAUGAAUCUCUAAACAAGACGAUUAAAGAAUCCGGGGAUUUGUUGAGGAUAUUGAACAGAAUUAAUUAUGGGAAUACUAGCAGAAAGGAAGUCUAUUUUUUUCUUAAAAAUAUUGUAAAAUUGGUUGAUUUAUUUAGGUUACACUCUAAUUACUUAGAAGAACAAGUCUAUGCGAAAAAGGGGGGCAGGAUUUGUGAGAAAUCAGCAUUAUUGGUGGAGAUCUUAUCACAAUGUGAUAGUAUUUUAAAUAACAGUAAAGUACCGCAAUUUUUGUCAAUGAUUAAUGCGGGUGCGGUGAUGGAUAAAAACAUAGAAACCCAAACUUCGCAGUUUUUCAAUUUGAAUAACUAUGACAAUUCGGAACCUAUUUUAAGUAGACAGAGAGAUAUUGAGGAUGUGAAAAAUGACCUGCAUGAAGAGCUUCUGAAAAUAAGAAAAAUCUUGAAAAGACCUGCAUUGAACUUCAAGGAUGAAAUCGAUUAUUUAAUUGAGGUAAGAAACACCCAAGUAAAAAAUCUACCACCUGAUUGGGUUAAAAUAAGCAACACGAAAACAAUUAGCCGUUUUAGAACGCCAGAGGUUCGAAAGUUGGUGGAAACUUUAAAAUAUAAAAAGGAGCUAUUAAUUCAAAUAAAUAAAAAAGAAUAUAAAGACUUUUUGGCAAGAAUAAACGAAGAAGAAUACGAUUCACUUUAUAGGUUAAUUGAUUAUUUAGCCACAUAUGAUUGUGUGUUGUCGUUAGCUGCAACUUCAACCUCAAUGACUAAUAGUACUAGGCCGAAAUUUAUUAAAGACUCAAAACAGUAUAUUAAUAUUAAAAAUGGUAGAAAUCCUAUAAUUGAAUCUCUAAGAAUAACCAAUUAUGUGCCUAACGAUAUUAAGUUAUCCAGUGAUUCGGAAAAAAUCAUGAUUAUAACUGGUCCAAACAUGGGGGGUAAAUCUUCGUAUAUAAGGCAAGUGGCCUUACUGAUUAUCAUGGCUCAAAUAGGAUGCUAUAUUCCGGCCGAUUUUUGUGAAUUAUCUAUAUUUGAUUCAAUUUUUAUCAGAAUCGGUGCACAGGAUGAUUUAUUAAGAGGGAACUCGACAUUUCAAAUAGAGAUGCUUGAUGUUUUACAAAUAUUAGAAAAUUUUACUGAGAGAUCAUUAUUACUUUUGGAUGAAGUUGGGAGGGGGACUGGUACUAUUGAUGGCAUGUCUAUUUCUUAUGCGAUUUUAAGAUUUUUUUUGGAAUUAGAAGAUAAGUGUCCAAUCGUUUUGUAUAUUACACAUUAUCCCUUACUUAUUGAUAAUAAAACUGUAGCACAUGAUAGCAGUUGUAAUGAUAGAUCUGGUAAACUUGUAGGUGUUUAUCAUAUGGGGUAUAUAGAACAAAAAAUAGAUGGUGAGGAUUGGCCUACUGUUGUUUUUUUGUAUAGACUGAAAAAAGGGUUGGCAAAUAAUUCGUAUGGCUUAAAUGUAGCAAAAUUGGCGCAUAUUGAUAAAUCUAUUAUAAAUAGAGCCCAUGAAAUAUCUACUGGCUUAAAAGAUAAUUUUAAAGCUGAGCAAGAAUUAUUGUAUACCAAAAAGAUGUUAUCUUUGUUGAUAUCUAACAAGGAAAAAACGUUUCAAGAGAAAAUUACUGAGUUGUUAAAUAAUUUUUAA